CUUACUUUCCAUCCGACCAAAACUUCCACCAAACACAACGAUGGCGGCCGCUGUGUCUGUUAACACCGAAGCCCGAGAGGAAAGCACAGGCAUGGGGCUCAGGUUUGACUCUCGCCCGCAACCGAGUAACUACGACCUCGCCGGUGACUACGGCAACACGAAUCGAGGGGACCAGCGACUGUCCGAGCUCGAAGCCGGAGACGAGGACGCCACCGCCGGACGCGAGUGUCACCGGAGAGUCGAGGAGGACUUGCCGUCAUUGAGCCCUGAAGAAAUAGAGAGCCGCCUGGAGAGAACGCGACGGGAGUUUUACAACCGGAGAAAAAUCCUUAUUAAAAACCUGCCGAAUGACGUUAGCAACCAGGACGUCCAUGAGCUGUUGGCCAACUAUGACUUGAAGUACUGCUUCGUUGACAAGUACAAAGGCACAGCUUUUGUGACCCUGCUCAAUGGAGAACAGGCUCAGUGUGCCAUCAAAGAGUUCCACCAGUAUGUUCUGCGGGAGCGCGAGAUCUCUGUGCAGCUGCAGCCCACAGACGCCCUACUCUGCAUCGCCAACCUGCCCCGCGCUUACACUCACCAGCAGUUUGAGGAGUUGGUGCGUCCCUUCGGGAACCUGGAGCGAUGCUUCCUGGUGUAUCGAGCCUCCACUGGACAUUCCAAGGGAUAUGGCUUUGUGGAAUACAUGAAGAAGGACUCUGCUGCACGGGCCAAGUCUGAGCUACUUGGGAAGCAGCUGGGCUCCCGCAUGCUGUAUGUCCACUGGACAGAGGUGGGCUCCCUCACUUAUCCCCUCCUGCACUCGCGAUGCCUGUGUGUGGAUCGUCUGCCGCCGAGCCUGCUGACCGCCCAGGACCUCCGGAAUGCUCUCACAGAAAACCCUGCACCAGUCUUCUGCCAGUUGGCUCAAGGACAAGACGGCAGCUUCCGGCGGUUUGCAGUGCUGGAGUUUGCCACAGCUGAGAUGGCAGAGGAGGCCCAGCAGCGUAAUGAUGGCAGGCUACUGGGGGACACCCACAUCAGGAUGUCUUUCUGCGCCCCCGGCUCCCCCGGUCGGAGCAUGUUGGCUGCUCUCAUCGCUGCACAGACGAUGGCUGUGAAUCGUGGUAAAGGUCUCCUGCCUGAUCCCACUGCCAUGCAGAUCCUCACAGGGCUCAACAAUCCUGCUACGCUCAAGAUGCUGCUCAACCCGCUGUCACAAGGACACAAACAAGGGCUUCUGGGGGCCGCCCCUACCAUGCCGCUGCUCGCCAACCCCGCUCUCUCCGCCGCCUUGCUCCAGUUGCUGCUUCAAAACCAGGCCAAGGCUCAGCAGCAGGCGGGUCUCAUCGGGGAGAAUCCUUUGGCUGCUCUUCCUGUCCAGCAGGGCGCCCAUCUGCUCGCAGACCUGCCCCAAGGUGGUGUACUCUCAGGACUUGGUCUCCAGACAGAUCCUUUGGCUCCACUGAAGUCGAUGCCGCAUGGCAGAUCCUUGGCAAGGGAUCAGGACUGUGCCACAGCAGCCAGCACCUUCCCGCCGACCUCCCCGCCCACCCUGCAGGGCAUCUCCAUGCCCCUGAUGGGUGGCAUGAUGGGGACAGAUGGCCUGACUGCUGCACAAGGGGCCUCUAUACUUGGAGAUCCUCCAAAGGACCUGAAUCUUCCCCAAAGAGCCUAUCUGGGUGUCAACAAUGUUUACCCCUCAGGUGGGAGCUGCAGACCCCACCCAUACAGGAAGAGACCCACGCUCAGUAAUGUUUCCAACCAGCACACGCAGCUGGCUUUGCAGCCCAAUUUCAACCUGCGUUACCAGGAUGGGUUCAGUGCCGACUACCUUCCGCUGCAGCAGGAUCCUCUUCAGCGCCUGUAUGAGGAGCAGGAGAACCAGCAUGCCGGGGACUUGGCGGCAUUCAGGCAGCAGUUCCCUCAUCCUGAAUAUGCGGAGCAGUUUUCCCACUUCGGUCCGUCCUCGAGCCCACCGCUGCCCUCGUAUUUCAGCUCGGGACUGGAGGCCUCAAGUAGCAGCCGCCUUCCGUCCACACAGCUCAACAGAGCUGUGGGGAUGCCUCCUGUGAGCCAGCCCAACUUCCCUCCAGAACUGGGAAACACUCUGAAGACUCCCAUCGGCAGCCACAAGCGAGUGUUCUCUCGUCUGAUUCCGUCUCCGGAGCCGAGCCCCGAGGGCAGCUACGUGGGUCAGCACUCUCAAGGCCUGGGCGGCCAUUACGCAGACUCCUACCUGAAGCGAAAGCGCAUUUUCUAGAUGCUCCUUUCUUCACGAGAAGCCAUCCAAGUAACCUUUUGUGGCGGUUGGUUGAUUGUCUCCCACGUCCUCGAGGCCCGUUGCUCGCGGACUCUUUCCUCCACAGGAAUCCUUGGUUGUUUUCAUUUUUUUGUGUGUUUCAGUAAUUUUAGUGUGAUAACUUAAGUUUAUACUUUUUUUUUCCCUUUUUAAUUUUUAAAAAGUUUCCUGUUUUAAAAAAUGUACAGAAGUGAUUUUUUUUCUCUUUUUUUAGGUUGUUAAGUGAUUAUUUGGCUCAGUAUUUUUUAAUUCCUGUGCGAGUGGUUUGUUGAUGGAUCGUUUGGCUGAUAUUUACAUGUUUGACAUUUCACUCACUGGUUUUUUUAGGUGAAGUCAUAGCUUUUCAUGGCCUCUGAAAUUCAUGUAAAAAGUUCAUUUGGUGUUUAGUUCCCGUCACCUUGCACGUGAUUGUUCGUCCCCCCCGUCACUGAUAAACACGCAGCUUUCCAUCCACCAAUGACAGUUGUGUGAACCUGCAGGUGUUCAACGGGAUCUUUUGAUGAGAACCAUUUUAGUGUUUGUCGUAUUGUUCAUCAACUUGUUGUGGAUGUAGGUUUUAUUGACACUGGUCAUGUGGAUCAAUGCACUUUUGAGGGUCAUAAUCCAAAUCCGUUUUGUAUCAUCGCUUUUUUGUAUCCAGGUCCAAAUGCUGCACUUGCGAGACGAUGGUCGUGUGCAGACGUGCCAUUUCUCUUCUGCUCCACUAGAGGGCCUUUUUUUCACCUCCCCUGCCCCACCUGUUUACUUCUACUGACAGCCAGGGGGCAGUAUUCCAGGACGGGUUUCUUUUCCGGAGCAUUCUUGUGAAGCGCUUUCCUCAGAAUUCUCCUUUGACAGUUUGAUUGUGGAAAAACCCAUUACCUCUUAAUUCAGCUAAAGUGUUGCCCCGCCCCUUCCUGCCCUGCGUUGGCUUUGUUUACUACCUUCUAUCUUUUUGCUGUGUAAAUAGUUGAGCUUUUUCCUGCCUCCUCUUUCUCUCUCUCUCUCUAAGAAAUCCAAAGCUAUCAUUUUUAAACUCCAUCAGGUCUGCCGUUCGACUACUGCUGUUGCCUGUUGAGUUUUUUCAUGAGCCCACACAUGUGACUGACGGUGGCGCUGUUGCAGACUGCUCAUGUUGCGUACGGACCAAGAGCUGAAUGAAACUUUGCUCUGUACCAUCAUGGAUGUUUGUACGUGUGAGGUGAGAGUAAAUGUUAUUUAAGCUCAUCCCUUGUU